AUGGCUCCUGUCGUGCUCGAGGAUAUCGAGGUUCCAACUCAGAUGGGCCUCAAAGGAAGUGCAAUUGAGGCCAUCGUUGGCAUCGCAUUCAUGAUAGGCAUGGUUGUGUUUUUCGUCGUCCUAGGCUUUCUACGCCACAAUGUGGUCAGGGUUCAUAAUAGUCGCGGACGACGCUCCCGACGACACGUCAUAUUUGAUGCUGCGGAGUGGACGGCGACGAACAGUCUGCCACCUCCACCAACUUAUGACUCCCUCUUCCCUGAUCACGGACACUCCCAGCCUCAGCUUUGGUCAGGCUCGAACAGAUGGAGCGCGACGAACUCACAACUACAAAACGAUGGCGAUACUCACAACGCUCCCAACGCCACUGUUGAUGCUAGUAGGGAAAUCACCGACGAGAGAAGCAGCCAUCCAAACUCUUCAACAUUGAGUCCGUCCGUUUUACCCCCUCACUACGGACGAGAUCCUCAUGGACUGCCUUCCUACGAGACCUUCGCUUUUGCCGACGAAGAAGACCGGCUAAGGAACACUUGGUCUGCUGUGGCAACUCAAGAACCCCAAGGGCCUCGUGAGGAUGCCUCGUUGCGUGUGCCCGCAAGGAUUCUGCGGACAGAAAUCAUGGUUACUCAGAGAGAGAUAUCCCCCAACGAAGUAUGA